CUGGUUAUUUGCUAAUUGUAAUACAGUAUUCAAUUCUUUCACUUCCAGCCAUGGACAAGUCCUUGGCACUUCAUCUGGCACGGCGAUGCUUGCCCCAUUUUGAGACCAAAGGUGUAGGGAAGGUGGUCGAGAUCGAAAGUGCAAAGCCGCGAAAUUUGUUGCCAGUAUGGACUGGAAUGGGCAGUGUGGACGAGGUUCAAGUGACGGGCAAAGGUGAAAGUGCUUCUUUCGUAGUGAAGAGUGUGGGUUCGCACAAGAAGAUUGAUGAUGAACUGGCUUUGGUGGACCACAUGUCCUACUACAACGAGGCUACAUUCUAUGAACAAGACUUGAGCGAAAGGAUCUGUGCCGCGGGAGCCUUGUGUCCAAAGCCCUUGCUGGUGGACCGUACUGAAGAUGGAGACUUGACCAUUUGCAUGACAAAGCUGCCUGGCAGAGGCUUCUCUCGCAGCCCUGAGCAAACGCACUUAGCGCUGCAGUGGCUCGCGCGGCUCCAUGCGCUUUAUUGGGGCAAGGCUGAUGAGGCCGUGAAGUCUGGUGUGUCAGAUCGCGCCUGCUUCUGGGAUUUCACACGGCGACAGAUUGAACUGCGGCGCAUGCCCCAAGAUGUUCUGCGCUGGGCGGCCAAGGGCAUUGAUGAGCGUUUGCAGGCUGAUAAGAUGCAGACGAUGUGCCAUGGAGACCCAAAGGGUGCGAACAUUAUGUAUGACGAAGAGCAGGGAAUUUCAUUCUACGAUUUUCAAUGGUUCGGGAAAGCGCCUCCCUCCAAGGACCUGGCUUACUUCUUCGGUGUGGCUGCCCACGGUUUGUCAAAGGAAGAGAACGAGCGUGAGCUGCUAAAGUUCUAUCACACAGAGCUGUCCAAGCUUUUGGAG